UGUUAAGUCUGUCGUUAAAAGUUGUACUGUAGACGUGAUGUUGAAAAUACACCUUUCGUCGAUCAUUAUUGCGUUCAUGUUUUGUUUCCAUAUUGCACGUUCAUUGAAGUGUCAUUCAUGCUUCACCACAGAUGCUUCUUCGUGUAAAAAGCACACCAGAACUGUAACGUGCAAUCAUCACGAAGGAGAGGAUAUAUGUCUCACCAUGUUUUCAUCAAAUCGAGUGCAAACAUCAAAUGGAGUAAAAACAGAAACGAAGUUUCAAAAAUCAUGCGCAAACUCACAAAUAAAAUGUGAAGAAUAUUGUUCAUCUUUUUUGUUGACUGGUGAAGACGUGUGCAAAUCCACGUGUUGCAAAGCAGAUGUCUGCAAUAAAGAUAUAAAAAAGAAUCUCCUGUUUGAUGGGCUGAAAAGUUUGUCGAGGAAAACAAUUGCGAACUUGUUUUUGGUUGUGUUGCUGUUCUUAUCUCAGACUCUUUUAGUGUAUUGA